UAUCUCAUCUCUAAGUAUCCAGUUGGAGCAGAGAAGAUCGGGAAGAGAAAAAAAACGGUUUGGUUCAGAAAAUAUCUGCAAACAUGCUUUUUCGUUCCAUUGUUGACCGAGGAGUUUUUAGUAGAACAUGCAAUGAACGUCAGCAAAGGUAUCCCCUCCACCAGAUGUUGGACUGUUACCAGUGUACCCGACGCGAUGAGCACAUUUCGUAUGGAGAUAAUGGGGUUCCAGUCCCUCCUUUUGGGUGUACAUUUUCUACAGCUCCUGAAAUACAGCACGUUCUUGCUGUUGCCAACGAGGAAGGGAUCGUCCGGCUCUACAAUACAGAAUCACGAAAGAAUCCUAUUUUUAAAGAAUGGCUGGCUCAUUCCAAUGCUGUCUUUGACAUUGCCUGGGUUCCUGGAGAGCCUCAAAUUGUAACGGCAUCUGGGGAUCAGACAGCUAUGCUGUGGGAUGUGAAGACCAGUGAGCAUCUUGGCACCUUCAAAGGACACCAAUGCAGUCUGAAGUCUGUGGCUUUUGGAAAACAGGAAAAAGCUGUUUUUUGCACCGGUGGAAGAGACGGGAACAUCAUGGUUUGGGAUACAAGGUGCAGUAAGAAAGAAGGGUUUUACAGACAAGUGAAACAGAUCACUGGGGCUCACAAUAAGUUGGACAGGCAGACUCCUUCCAAACUGAAGAAACGACAGGCAGGCAGAGGAGUUGCUCCUUCUGUGGAUUCCCAGCAAAGUGUGACAGUGGUUCUCUUUCGUGAUGAGAACACCCUCAUUUCUGCAGGAGCUGUUGAUGGUGUAAUUAAGUUAUGGGACCUGAGAAAAAACUACACAGUCCACUACCAGGACCCUGUCCCUCUCCAGGCUUACCCGUACCCUGGAACCAGCUCACGAAAGCUGGGCUACUGCAGUCUGGCGUUGGACUCUACAGGCUCUCGCUUGUUUGCAAACUGCACUGAUGAGAAUAUCUACAUGUUCAAUGUGACUGGCUUGAAAAAGGCUCCAGUGGGGGUAUUCAACGGCCACCUCAACUCCUCAUUCUAUAUUAAAUCUAGCGUGAGCCCAGAUGAUCAGUUCCUAGCCAGUGGCUCUAGUGACCACAAUGCAUACAUCUGGAAGAUCUCGGACCCUAAGUCUCCUCCCAUGAUGCUCCAGGGUCACUGCCAGGAAGUUACCUCUGUUGCUUGGUGCCCCACUGAUUUCACCAAGAUUGCUUCUUGUUCGGAUGACAACACAGUUCGGAUCUGGCGUCUGAGUCGGGGGUCUGAUAGUGAGGACUCUGCUGUCGGAGCUGCAGAUCUGGUGGGCUGGGCCUGUCUAAAGAAAAAGCCUUCUGAGGUCAAAGCUCCAGAACCUGUGACUCCAUUGGAGCAAACUCCUGCCAAGACCCCCAGAAUAGAAGUUUCCGCAGCACUCUCUUCACCCCAGGCUGCGGCCUGUGCUCCCAGCACUGCAGACCUGCCACUUCCUUCCAGCACACACACCUCCCUCCGAACUCUUGGUCACAAGACCCAUACCUCAGCCAGCCGCACGCCCACGACUCCCAGACAGACAACUUCCUCUAUAAGGAAGUGGUUGACCAAGACCUCCGAUUCUCCUAGCCUUCUGACCCCCUGCUCUCCCAAUCUUGGAACCCCAGGCUCUGCAGCUCUGAGGACUCCAUCCCCCUUGAAAGUGCUAAGCCCCAUGGGCCAGAGCCACCCACCCCCUGCCUUAGAAAGGAGGGUGAAACGCCGACUAGAGCCGAGUGUGGGCGGUACUCGGAGAUGCCUUGGAGAUUGUGACUGUGUGAUGGAACUUGACCCUUUAGCUAAGAAGAGGCAAGGGCUUGGGGGAGUGUACUGUUUGACAGAGGAAGAGCAGCAGUAUCAGCUGGGACCCAGUCCAGGCCAUACAGAACAUGGGGCCCAGCAGCGUCUGGAGGCAGGCCAUCAGAUCCCUUCACUGGGGCCCUUGGACAAGGAGAACAGCUCUCCUGGCCGGGCAGACUGGCUCUCUGCAAUGGGUCAGAGACUGAAGAGAGAGCAGGGGAGUCCCACUAGCUUGAGUCCCGGUGCCAAGAAGCAGGACGGCAGGACUACAGGGUCUCCGACUCCCACCACUCCAGGAUCAAUGAAAAAAAUAUCCUUGUACUUCCAGAAGAAAACACCAGAAUAAACUAUCCUUGUACUUCCAGAAGAAAACACCAGAAUAAACUGACGACUGAGAGCAGCACUUGGCCAGGGAAAACUGCCUUAACAGCAAAUGAACUACAUAACCCUGAUUUAUACAGCAUCUUAAAAAAAAAAAAAAACAGGAGGCUUAACAUAUACCUUUUGAGUAAUACAGUUGUAAAUAGAAUUGGUGCCAAUUCAUAGUGGUUUAACACUAAAUGUUUACUUAUUUUACUGGUCCUUGAAACAUUUGUUGUAGCUGAACAUGAAAAGAGGACAAUUUCAGAGACCUGCUUUAAAAAUAUAGUUGAAUCUCCAUUGUGUACUACAAGUCUUAUGAGGCAAAUAUGACUAAAGGAAGUAUUUUUGUUUUGAGACCAAAGCAAUCAUGCAGGUAAGGUUGGAACUUAACUGGAGCUGUGCACCACCUUGUUGAAACACCCUGUAACUUGGCCCGUAUGAAGGUUGUUUUUUUUUUUUUU